AUGGCGAAGACGAUGGCGCAGCUGUCUGCGGCGACAAACAGGAUGGUCCACAGGGUCCAGGCGUACCGCGCGAAGGCUGCGGCUCGCAAGCAGGGCGGUAAGUUGCUCCUCCAGCAGCUCCAAGACGAGUCCGGGGCGAAGGAUCCCAGCCUGGUGCCUGGCAUCAUGAUCACGCCGCCGCCCGACCCCAGGUACUCCACGCCCACCCUGUCGCAGACGCUCAAGUAUAAGAUCUUCGGCGCUCCCGGGCCCAUCGACCCCGCCACGGGCAGGGUCGAGAUCCCGGAUCCGGUAGCCGCGAAGGCAUCGAUGUGGUACAAGGUGAAGGGAUCACGCAGGAGGACGUCGCAGCAGAUGGCGGUGAAGCUCGGCAAAGCGCAGAAACACCACGACGAGGACUUUGAGCUCCUCUGGGCCGGGGUGCAGCGACAGGAGCUCCUGCUCAACAAGAUCAAGACGGACGGUAAAAGGCUCGCGGCGGCGAUCCAGGAGCAGGCGGACGCGGCGAAGUCCAUGGCCUCGCACAUCGCCUCCCUGGCGGAGACGUCGAUUGAGCUCGGCGAGGGUCCGGAGGCGGAUGCGAGGCGGGCGGUGGUGGAGCGCGCCAGGCAGCUGAUGGAGGUCAUGGACGUCAUGGACCAGGACGUGCGCCCGGCGUGCCUCGAACAGCUCGGCAACAGCGUUAACAAGCCCGUCGGACAGCUGUGCGAGGAGUUCCCCGCCUACCAACAGUGCGUGGAUAAGAGGACGCACUACAUGCUGGACAUGGAUGCGUACGAGCGCAAGCUGCAGAAGGCGCGGCAGUUCGCUAAGGACCCGGCCAAGGUGCCGCACAGGGAGGAACAGUUUACCAAGGCGCAACGCAGGUACACUUACUUCAGCGACAAACUCGUGGAGGACCUCACGCUGCUGGACGCGAACAGGUACGAGCUCGCGGGGUUCCUCAUCGAGGGGUUUGUGGAGAUGCAGGAGUUCCAGUCGCAGCGCCAAAAGGAUGUGCUCGCGGGGCUGGCGCAGGGGAAGCUGCCCCCCAAACAGUGA